AGACAAUGGGGGCCCAUGGGUCAGUUUCCGGGAGCUUCUUUGUCGUGUCCGAUCGCGCGCCGCCGCCUGGCUGCCAAAAGUAUCCGUUCCCCUCUUCUCCCAUUGUGUCGUCUGCGCGCCGGCGCCGGCGCCGCCACCAUGCCAUCACGCUCCCGAGCGGCCAGGGGCCCGACGCUGCACCCGGUCUCGCUGGACGAUUUCUUCAGAGAUGGCGUCGAGAUUGACUUCGGCGAAGAGGACCAGGAGGAGGACCCCGAUGGUGACGGAGGAUCGUCGGAGGAGGGAGAGGACGACGGAGGAUCGGAGGAGGAAGGAGAGGACGAGAGUGAAGGAUCCAGCGACGACGAAGACGAUGAUGAUGAGGAAGAGGAGGAGGAACGGGAGAGGGAAGAGUUUGCUGGUGGAGAUUGCGGGCCAUCCGCCCAAGCUAGGGUUUCCUUGGUGACGGCUGCCGGUGGCUCGGCGGAGAGGGCCAACAUGCCCACCUGCCCCGUAUGUAUGGAGCCAUGGACUUCCCAAGGCCCGCAUCGCAUCAGCUGCAUCCCGUGUGGGCAUGUCUACGGGAGAUCUUGCUUAGAGAGGUGGUUAACCCAGCGUGGGAAUACAAGUGCCACGUGCCCUCAGUGUGGCAAAAGGUUUAAAAAUAAGGACAUCAUCAAUCUCUAUGCACCAGAGGUUGCCAUUCCAAAAAAUGAACUUGAAAAGGAAAUUUCAUGUUUAAGAGAGCGAAAUGAUUCCCUGGAGAAGAAGGUGUUGCACCAUGAUAAAUUGUUUGAGGAGAUGACCAAGAGGCAGAUUGAUAUGGAGCAGAGAAUAAUAGAUGCUGUUAGCUCAAAGAGACAGAAAGUGGCAGGCCACUUAGAUGGAGCUGCACGUCUGGAGCCAUCUAGCUCGACGACAGUAAAUUUUAGCUUACAGAAUGAAUUAUUUUUGGAUGGAGCUCGAGUCAUCAGCAUAGAUGCAUCUAACCAAAUCAUACUUGCUUCUGGGAGGGCAAGUGCUGUAGGUGCUGAAUAUGUUCUUACCAAGAUUAGCAUGUUUUCCACUCAUGAAGCAAAAAUCCGCCUUCCUCCCGAUACCAAAGCUGUUAGGGAUAUGUGUAUUCUGCCUGGAGGAUCUGCUAUUUUUACAUCACUAGGAAGGAGGCUAUCGCUCUUCAGCAUGACAACAGACAGUGUCGUUCUUCAGUGUGAUUUGCCGGUCCCUGGUUGGUCGUGUUCAGCAGAUGUAUCGAGUUCACAACAUAUUUAUGCUGGCUUGCAGAAUGGCAUGCUUUUGGUCUUUGAUAUCCGUCAAGCUGCAAGACCCUUGUAUUCCAUGAUGGGGUUAUCUGCACAACCGAUUCAUACACUCCACUCUGUCAUUGAUAAUAAUGGGUGCAGGAAGAUUCUUUCAGCUUCUGCUGUAGGUCCCUGCAUGUGGGAUCCUGAUGACAAUCAAAGCAGGCCGCAUUUGCUAACUGGGAUGGACAAUCAGCGUGUAUGCAUUUCCCUUGCAUGUGCCCCUCCAUCAAGCGAUCUUUUGGUGGCUUCCUUCCGGCCCAAAGUUGGCACAUCAGAAGAUGCCAACACAUCUCAAGUGUACCUAUCACAGACGCCAUCACGCCCUGUUGGUUCAGGCAAAUUAGGCCACCACUCCCUUAUCAGGAGGACAGGUAAUGCAUCCUUGGCUGAAGGCACAACAUGCUAUGGCAAUGUAAGCGAGGUGCGCAUGUCAAAAUCAGCAAUCAUACCUUAUGGAGACAAUCAACAUCUCUUCGCCUAUGGGGAUGAGUCGCUGCGCGGGGUCCGGACGUGGCAACUACCUUCGUUUGCGAUUCAUGCUGAUCUUUGCUCACACUGGCAGCCGAUCCUUGAUUUAAGGUAUGCAGAAAGUCCAGGUGGAGGGAGGUACCUUGGGUGCUUAAGCAAGGGAAAGUUGCAGGUCUUCAGAAUUAGCUAGCAUGCUAGCCUUAAGCUUUUGGUAGCUCGCCUAACAUAGGAUUAGCCUGUACAGAAAGAAAGAAGAAACAAAGUCUUUUGCCGUGUACAGUAGUGACACUGAAAGGAUGAAUAGUUGUGCAGAUUGUGUUGUUUUACGCUUGCAUCUAUCGUUGCAGCAGCGGCAGCUAUCAUUAUUAUUUCUUCUUGGGUUGGAGAGUCCAUAUUGAGCUGAUGCUUAACGGUUCAGUUGUGAUCCCCAAAUUUCAUUGGUUGAGGAGAUGAAACAUUCAGAUUUCA